AUGGGCGGUGAGCCUCCGAGCUGGUUGGAGCGUCGUAUGACGAGGCCAAGCACACCAUCAAGGUCGAGUGGUACCUCGCCGUCCGCAAUCCUCUACCUCCACGCCAUGAACGAUUUCCUGGCGCACAGGCUACUCCAAGUGCAUCAGCAGAGGCGGAUCAACGAAGUCAAUCCAACACGCGUGUUCAGUCUGGUCAACGGAGUGCCGGGAUGCGGCAAGUCGUCCGAGAUCUGUCGUGUGGCCACUAAAAAGGACCUGAUCGCCGUCGUGUCGACGGGCAAAUGCGCCAACACGUCCAUCAUCGACACUACUACAAACUCGGCGAUCGGGGAGCCCCUUAGAAGCUGGGAUCAAUGGCCGGCAGUAAUCACGGGGGCGACCGGACCGACAGCAAUCAACUUCGACGUCACCAUCCCCGAUACGCUCCGACCUUCUUGCAACAAGGCUGGUAAAUGCGUGAUGCAGUGGUACUGGUACGCGGUCGAGAACGAGCAGACGUAUGAAAGCUGCGUCGACUUCGUCAGCGCAUGA